AUGAGUGCCUCUUUCCUUCCUCAAGAGAUCCUCGGCAUCAUUGUCGAUCAUCUUCAUGACGACCUUUCCUCUUGCAUCGCUCUUUCCCAAACCCAUAGGACACUCAAAGACGCCGCAUACACUCACAUAUUCAAGAAUAUUACCAUAGACCGCCCACAUAACGGCAUAGAGCGUUGCUCCAGUACCGCCGUCGCCAGAAAAUUCCGCCGCUUUGCCGCAAUUUCAUCCGGUAUCGCGAAAUAUGUAGGCGAAAUCGUCUUACGGAGCGGACCAGCUUUUAACAGGACGACAGAGCGCGGCUAUGGGUGGAUGUACGAUGAGCCUCAGUUACCUCAGAUUCUCCUGAGCCUCACCAAUUUACGGAGCAUCCUCAUUGAAAGUCACGAUCUCUACGAGGACGAUCUUCUCAAAUGGGAUAGGAUGUCUGCGGAGCUGAAAUGCGCAUUUACACACGUGAUAGAGCUACCCAGGCUCCAUACUAUCACGUUCAUUGGGUUUGAGGGGUAUCCCAUCUCUCUGUUUUCUGCUACGCCGUCACUCAAAUCCCUAAAUGUGUACCAUUCCCGCCCAAAGUUUGACCAGACAUGUGUGUCGACAGUUCGCGCUUCGGUCAAUGAGCUAUCCCUGCGGAUGUUCCUGCCGUACCUACAAGACCACCUCCGCUGGAUAACGAGCCCACGUUCUCCCAUCAACACCUCCCGCUUAACUCAGCUUAGUCUAGCGCCCUUCCUCCCAGUCCCAGAGCAGACAUUUCCUAACCCAUCGUUCCACCGCGAAGUUGAUGAGCUGCUGAGAACAUCUCCAAACCUCGAGCAGUUAUCCUUCACCCCACUUGACCAAGAUCCACACAUCAUCCAUCUUACGCAUAACGCCCGCCUUUGCUCCGUCGAGUUUAGCAUGAACACCGGCUUCAUAGGUCGAGAAAGCCCCCGGUUGGACUUUAUCCACUGGGUAGCGAUGGUGCUCGAGACCAUCCCUUCGUCCGCCCCCCUCGAGAAUAUCCUCCUGUUCGGGGAAUCUGAAGAGGGUUGUGUCAGCGACGCGACAAAGUCUUUUGGAUGUGCAUGGGAUAAAUUCGAUGAAGCGGCGACGAGGGAGAGUUGGCAUGGCACACUAAAAAGGGUGUCCGUUAGUUUUGAAGGUGUCUGGAGCACCACGCUAGAGAAAGGAUUGGAUAUCCCGAAGUUGAGGGACAGCGGGGUCUUGGAAAUUGAACUGAAUUGA